CUCGGGCAUGCUGUCAAGGCGCCAAACCCACUAGCAAGUUUGAUUAUUUACCAUAUCAAAGCCGUAUAGCAAAAUCCCUUCCUCGUCCGAAGACUCAAACCCUGCCGUCGGCGACGCGAAGGGAGCAGCUAUGGUCGCCGACGCGAAGGGAGCAGCUAUAGCGGUCCAGUUCGAUGACGGCUUUCCGGCCUCCCGACUCUUCGCGCAAGGUUUCUCCUACACCUAUGAGGACGUGAUAUUUCUCCCGCAUUACAUCGAUUUCCCCGCCGACGCGGUCGAUCUCUCCACCCGUCUCUCCCGCAACCUCCCCCUUUCUAUCCCUUGCGUCGCCUCUCCGAUGGAUACUGUUUCCGAGGCAUCCAUGGCCGUCGCCAUGGCCUCCCUCGGCGGCGCCGCCAUCAUCCACUGCAACACCACCCCCGCUCAUCAGGCCGACAUCAUCCGAUCUGCCAAGUCACGUCGCAUCCCCUUUGCCUCCGACCCGGCCUUUCUCGCACCAUCCGAUGCAGUGUCCUCCGCUGCUGAUUUCGGCUCCGCGUCAUUCGCGAUUGUCACUGAGUCGGGAAGCUCUAAGUCGAAGCCGGUGGGUGUCGUUUCUCUUUCGGAUUGGGAAGCGGUGGCUGAUAAGGCCUCUCCAGUGUCGAAGUAUAUGCGGCCACCGCCGCCGUCAAUCGCCGUGAACUGUGAUAUCGAGCAGGUGGCGGGUUUUUUAGCUGGCGAGGGGCUGGAGCUGGUGGCACUGGCGGGAGAGGAAGGGGAAAUUGUUGAUCUCUUCAGGGCCGAGGAUUUGGAGCUGAUCCGCGGCUUCCCUAAGCUUGGAGCGCCAUCUUUGGGCCCUGAUGGGAAAUUUUUGGUCGGAGCGGCUAUAGGAACUAGAGAAGAGGAUAAAGAACGGUUGGCGCAUUUGGUGAAGGCAGGUGUGAAUGUUGUGGUCGUGGAUAGCUCGCAGGGUAACUCGAAGUAUCAAAUUGAUUUGAUCAAGUAUGCAAAGAGUAAUUAUCCCGGACUUGAUGUUAUUGGGGGUAAUGUGGUGACGAUGUCCCAGGCGCAAAAUUUGAUCAUGGCUGGUGUUGACGGAUUAAGGGUAGGGAUGGGAUCCGGUUCAAUCUGUACAACACAAGAAGUUUGUGCAGUCGGUAGAGGACAGGCGACAGCUGUGUACAAAGUUGCAACUGUGGCAAAGGAUUACGACGUACCAGUUAUUGCUGAUGGAGGGAUUUCGUUUUCUGGCCAUAUUGUGAAGGCUUUGGCUCUUGGUGCCUCUACUGUGAUGAUGGGUAGCUACCUUGCAGGUAGUUAUGAGGCACCUGGAGUCUAUGAGUAUCAGGGUGGCCGCCGAGUUAAGAAAUAUAGAGGCAUGGGUUCUCUAGAAGCUAUGAUGAAAGGCAGCGAUGCCCGCUACUUGGGCGAUACUCUAAAAUUGAAGGUAGCCCAAGGAGUUGUUGGAGCUGUGGCAGACAAGGGCUCUGUUUACUACACAAUGCAAGCUGUGAAGCAAGGAUUGCAAGAUCUUGGUGCUUCCUCAUUGCCAAUAGCUCAUAGUCUUUUAAGAUCAGAUGUGCUAAGACUGGAGGUCCGAACAGGUGCUGCACAGAUCGAGGGAGGGAUUCAUGGCCUGAUAUCGUACGAGAAGAAGGCUUUUUAGCUGAAAUGAGUUUCUCUCGAUGAGCAUAUAUAUUUCCACGGGAGGCGUCAACAUUCUGGUGCAAGGAAAGUGGAGCAGGGAGCCAGUUUCAGGUGAAAAUGGUCUUUUGCUUGUAUUUCUGAUUUUUAAGUUUUUUUUUUUAUUUAAUGCACUCGAAUUUGAAAAUAAGGUGUGCAAUCUCAUAAGCUAGUUUAAAAAACAGUGUUAAAGCUUCCAUUUUAUUUCAUGAUACAAUUAAUGAUCCACCAUGAAUA